AUGGCCACCACGACAGCCGCAGCGGCAACGACCUCUUCUCCGCCGAUAUCUUCUCUGGACCGCGACAAUGUCUUCACUCCCCGAGCUGAGCGCAAGCUCCUUCGCACCCGCGGCCUCACUCCCAUUGGAUCUCGCAGACGUCGCGCCGCCAUCCUGUCGGGCUCGCGUAUCCCCUUUGAGCAACUUCCCUACCAAUGUUUCCAAGAAGCCCGCAAAGUCUUGAUUCAGCACCGCCAGGAAAAGGUCGAGGAUAUCGAGGCUGAGCGUCAGAAGAUUGCCAGACUGAAGGCUGCGAGUGUGGAGCCUCAGAACGAGCAACGGCAACAACACCGCAUCAACAGCAUGGAGCGCUACUUGGAGCAACUCAAGAUUUACGCAGACAUCAACGACCCCAUGGUCAAGAGGAGGUUUGAGGAUGGCAAGGGCGACAUGGACAAGCCCAUCUACCGCUACCUCGCCGACAAAAAGUGGCGCCAAUACGACCGUAUGAUCAUCAUGCAGCGUAUCACCCAGAUGAACGUCGUACCAGACGUCCUCCCCGCCAUCGAUCCCACCCUCAACGUCGACAUCUCGUUUGGUCCUCGCGACGUGCAGCCUGGAGAGUUUGUCGACAGCAGAGUCUCCGAAGUGCCAGCCCACCUCAACAUCCAACCCUACAACAAGGGCGAGCGCUACGUCAGCAUUGCAAUCGUCAACCCCGACGUGCCCAACGUAGAGGCUGACGGCUUCGACUACCGCUGCCACUUCCUCGCCUCCAACAUCAAAAUCUCUCCCACACAGACUUCCGUCUCGCUCGCAAACUUGACAGACGACCAAGUCAUUCUUCCCUGGUUGCCCGCCUACACCCAAAAGGGUCUUGCAUACAGCCGCAUGUCCGUCUUUGUCCUCGAGCAAAAGGACGGCCAGAUCUUGGAUGCAAAGGCCCUGUCGCAAAGAUACGAGCACGACGACUUUAUCCUUCGAAGCUUCGUUGACCGUCAUGUCUUGAAGCCUGUCGGUGUCAAUCUGUUCCGAAGCAGAUUUGACGAGGGCACUGCUGGUGUCAUGCAGAGAGCUGGCAUCCCUGGUGGAGAUGUCGAGUUCAAGAGGAAGAAGAUUGAGCCUCUGCCAUACAAGAAGUUGCCUGGUUCGAGAUACAGGUAG